UUUCCCACCACGAUAAAAAUCUACUAUGCUCGGCGAUGAGAGCAAAGUAUGGUGCCCCAUUUUCGCCCUUCAUGCUGUGACUCUCAGCUUCACACAUUGUGUCCUCCAUUUCCAUUUGUUUUCUUGAGAAAGGGCUCAUGUCUUUGCAUUCAAUCGCCCUAGAGUCAACUUCACUGCUACUCCUUUAUUCAGAAAAUGCCACCGCUGGAAUUAUGUUGCUCACAGGAACAAUCUCGUCCUCCAGUUUUGUUCAAAUUUAAUUGCGAUGCCGCCUCGUUCAAUGUAGGCGGCUUGUUUCUCGAACCCACGAUACCUGAUUCCUUUACCCGUUUGAUUUCGUCUAUAAUUCCUCCCGGUACUGCUUCUUGUUCGGUUUCUUCUGCGCACUAUUCCCAGCAAUCUGUAGUUUUUGGAGGUUUCCGGAGACCGAGGAAGACCUCGGCUACGGUUGGUGGUUGGUUUUUGUCGGCGAGCUUGAGAGGGGGUAAAUUUGUUGGGGACCCCAAGGUAGAUGCGGUGCAAAAUGGAGAUGAGAGCUCCGAGAAGGCUGCUUUGUGUGCCAACCCAGCUGCUGAGCAAGGAAAGUCACAGAAGGUUAGGGUGCGAGCCGGCAGUGCUAUGAACGCCACCAAGCAUCUAUGGGCUGGUGCUAUUGCUGCCAUGGUUUCUAGAACCUGUGUUGCCCCACUUGAAAGACUUAAGCUGGAAUACAUAGUUCGUGGUGAACAGAAGAAUAUUUUUGAGCUUAUUAAGACAAUUGCGGCUUCUCAAGGAUUGAGAGGCUUUUGGAAGGGGAACCUUGUUAAUAUUCUCCGAACAGCUCCAUUCAAAGCAGUUAACUUUUGUGCUUAUGAUACAUACAGAAAGCAGUUACUCAGAUUGUCAGGAAAUGAGGAAACUACCAAUUUUGAGAGGUUUAUUGCUGGUGCUGCAGCUGGAAUCACUGCUACCAUUAUUUGCCUACCACUUGACACUAUUCGAACCAAGAUAGUGGCACCUGGUGGGGAAGCCUUGGGUGGUGUAAUUGGAGCUUUCCGCUACAUGAUUCGCACUGAAGGGUUCUUUUCUCUUUACAAGGGUUUAGUGCCCUCGAUAAUAAGUAUGGCUCCUUCUGGAGCAGUUUUUUAUGGAGUAUAUGAUAUACUGAAAUCUGCAUAUCUGCAUUCGCCCGAAGGAAUGAGAAGGAUCCAGAACAUGCGUAAACAGGGGCAGGAAUUGAAUGCCUUCGACCAGCUUGAGUUGGGGCCAAUAAGGACACUACUAUAUGGGGCUAUUGCUGGUGCUUGUGCUGAGGCUACUACCUACCCGUUUGAAGUGGUAAGGAGGCAGCUUCAAAUGCAAGUCCAAUCCACAAAAUUAAGUUCAUUAGCAACUUGUAUCAAGAUUGUUGAGCGAGGAGGCGUUGCAGCUCUUUAUGCUGGACUUAUUCCCAGUUUAUUACAGGUACUUCCUUCAGCUGCUAUAAGUUACUUUGUCUAUGAGUUCAUGAAAAUAGUUCUCAAAGUGGUGUAGGCAACAAGGAGAUCCUCAGGAUGAUCCUUGGAACAAGUAUGAUUUUAAGAUUAGAAGAAGAAAGAAAGAAAGAAGUUCUUAGAUAGCGCUUAUUGUAGGAAAAAUUCAAUAUUAUUUUGAUCAAUGGGUAGGUGCCGGAUGUCCAGGCCGAAAAGAAAGAUGCCGGAUGGACGGUGGACUAAUGGUGGUCUCCUGUUCUAUUUAUUGGCAAAGACCGACCGAGGCUUAUGAACAGUAAAAUGGCGGUUGCCUCUUCAGUCUUCGCUCCAACUUACCAGUUCCCUAGUUCCCUUCCACCUCGUUUACUAGUGUCGACCAAAUUGUUAGGCUUACUAAUUAAGAACAUGAUUCGGCCGUUUGCGGUCGCGAUUCACGAAAGAUAUAUUUUUAUUUUUAUUAUUUAUUUUUUGAUCUGCACACGGCUGGCAUAUUAUGCACUUUGCGACCGGGAGGUUGAACAUCCUUCGUAUAAUUUAAUUUAAUUUGGUUUUGAAAAA